CUGCAAGGAGUACGUUUGCCUCAACUCCUUGACCACUGAGGAGGACCGUCCAACGGUUCACAUUUAAUGAUAUCUCCGCCCAUUAAAAUAUUUUCUCCUUUCUGAUUGGACGAAAUGAUGUCGUCUCUUGAAAUUGAGAUCCCGCCAAAACUAGUUUCUCUCUACUUAUCUGUAACUAGCAGAGAAAUUCCAAGGAAAAUGAAAAUGGAGACUUAUAUUUGGUUACUGAGAAAACUUAAUAAGUUGCAGCUUCUCGUUUUAUCAGCACCCAAAGAGUAUUCGGAAUCGCUAACCCAAUCUCUACAGACGAAGAAAUCUAAGUGACCUUAUUUGCAGAGGAAAUCUAAUGGAAGAGACGGACAAAAGGAAAAACAUUGGCUGGAUUGUUUGCAAAUCACUGUUUCGUCAAGUUGAACAAAUAUUCAUAUUCUUUUUCCAUAUUAUCUUCCUUUUUUUGAGAUUCAUCUGAUAUAAUUUGAUUAUUAAUUUAUUUCUUUGGUCAGAGAUUGCUCUCUCUGAUUCAUGGAAGGUUGUCCGAGUCCAUCCUCUAGCAAGAGGAUUCAUCGUCAAACAAUUGAUUCAGAAGGUCCGUAUAGACUGCUUCAUUGUUCAGGUAAGGGAGACAAAACAGGGGUGAUGCAGGAGUUAGAAAAAGGUGUGGAACCAAAUCUGGCUGAUUAUGAUAAGAGAACAGCUCUUCAUUUAGCUUCUUGCGAAGGCUGCAACGAAAUUGUGGUCCUACUUCUUGAGAAAGGUGCUGAUGUGAAUUCCGUAGAUCGUUGGGGUCGCACUCCACUGUCAGAUGCUCGUAGCUUUGGCCAUGAGGAUAUUUGCAAGAUAUUGGAAAGUCGAGGUGGAAUAGAUCCGGUGGGACUUGAUUCCCUAACACCUUGCUAUGAGAUCGAUUACGGUGAAGUGGACAUGGAUGGUGCAACACUUAUUGGAGAGGGAGCAUAUGGUGAGGUAUAUUUAGUGAGAUGGCGCGGUACAGAAGUAGCAGCAAAGACUAUCCGCUCCUCUAUUGCAUCAAAUCAGAAAGUAAAGAAUACCUUUUUGAAGGAAUUGGGCUUAUGGCAAAGGUUGCGCCACCCAAAUAUAGUGCAGUUCCUUGGUGUUCUAAAGCACUCUGAUCGUUUAAUCUUCCUCACAGAGUAUCUUCGCAAUGGAAGUUUGUAUGACAUAUUGAAAAAGAAGGGAAGACUUGAUCCACAAACAGCAGUUGCCUAUGCUUUAGAUAUUGCAAGGGGCAUGAAUUAUCUGCAUCAACACAAACCAAAUGCUAUUAUACAUCGGGAUUUGACACCAAGAAAUGUGCUUCAAGAUGAAUCUGGGCACCUUAAGGUUACAGACUUUGGCUUAAGCAAAAUUGCUCAGGAAAAGGAUGCCUAUGGUUACAAGAUGACUGGUGGAACGGGUUCAUAUCGUUACAUGGCACCCGAGGUUUAUCGUCGAGAAUCCUAUGGGAAGAGUGUUGACGUCUUCUCCUUUGCACUUAUAUUACAUGAGAUGUUCCAAGGGGGACCGUCAAAUAGGGCAGAACUCCCAGAACAAGUUGCAGACAAGCGGGCUUAUGAAGAUUCCAGACCAUCCCUAUCCUCAUUUGUGUACCCUGAACCGAUCAAGACGCUUCUUCGAGAGUGCUGGCACAAGAAUCCUGAAUGCAGACCUACAUUUGAGGAGAUAAUUUCACAGCUAGAGACAAUUGAAGAUAAUUUACGACAUAAGAGACCUGCUGGUGGCUGCUGUGACUGUAUUAUCUUAUGACUAUGACUAUUCGUUCAAUAUAUAUGCUCAACGUACAGUGAUCACUGUAUUUGGUGCAUUUUUUCGCUUAACUAUGGAUUUUUCUGUAAUUGAUAAUAAAUGUCUUCGCUUUUCUUUCGUAUUCUGACAUGCAAAUGCAAUGGUGAUGUUGUUGCAUAUCUUACUGCAACAAGUUUCAUCUUGUACAAAAACUCAAAUGCAAAUGCAAUUAGUCACCAAUACUAUUGUUUCUCUUUGCUGGGGAAA